GGGAUGAACGGUGCGGAGUUUGCAGCGAUUAGAACUGUCAAAGUCAGUGAAAAUUGCAUCGAUUUUAGUGUUGUCGAGCAAGUUAAUGGAUUAUCUAAAGAGGCAAUGAGCUGAACCGGUGAUCGUUACUGUUCUAUGUCACUGUUAAACGGGGAUCGAUAACCUCGCUUGUUGACAGGGAUAAAAGAAACGGAUGCGACGCGAUCUCAAAGAUUGAGACACAUCAGCAAAACGUAGAUUAAUUUAUUACGUCCAUUCAGAAAACAUACGUCCACCCGUUGUUUCUCCCGUAUCAGUAACCGCGCGGAAAACAGUGAUGCAUGAAAAGUCUCGAUAUUACGAGGCACGUGUAUGUAUUGGAGUAAGAGCUACUCUGUGUGCAUGUGUGCCAGGUGCACUGUUGCAUCCCUCUGAUGAGCGCCAUGCACCGUUUAGACCAUAGCCAUAAUGUCAUCCCGAAGGCUACUUCUUAGUAAUUCACAAAGGGUUCAGUGUUCCGUGAAGUACAGCGCAUGGAUACUUUCCAGGCAAUACCUAGCACGUACCUUGCUAGAGAAGUAUUUGUGGUAGAUCCUCGGUGAAUCAAGAGCAUGGCUUCUGGUGCAUCUUCCUUGGAUAGUGCUGGAAGUAGUGAUGGGGCACUCAAUAUGGAAAGAGAUAGCGGAGGCUAUGGCAGUGUCGGAAGUCCCAUUGGUGGUCCUGAAUGUCGUAGCGAUUACGAAGGUUUGCAAGCUCAAUGCGAUCAAGCCAUGCAUCAGCUUCAGCUACUUAGGCAUAAGCACUCCGAUAAUAUAAGACGGUGUGAACAUACUAUGAAGGAAUUGGAAUACUACAGAGGACAACACAUACCAGUCAUGAAUCAGUUGGAGGCAACGGCGCAGGAGAGCACCGCACUGCGUGGGAAAUAUGGAGAUCUAGUAAACGAUAAGCAACGUCUUGACCGGGAGGUUCAAGCGUUGCAGAAGGAAGUGUCCGAAUUACGGUGUCAGAAUCAAGAAGUUCUUGUUUCCGAUGCUAGUAAUAGCGACACUAUGAAUCAACAUUAUUUAUCCGCACUUCGAAAGUAUGAAGCAGUUAAAGACGAGUACGAUGCUCUUAGGAAACGGUACGAUGAUUUAAUUUCAUCGCAUUCGUCGGCUGUUAACAAGUUGGAAUUAUCUCAAGAAGAAGCUGCUAGAUUAAAGAAACAGUACGACGAUGUUAUUCAAGAGCGUAAUAGUGCGGUUCGUGAACGCAAUGGUUUGAAACAACAAUGUACCGCUGCGAUCAGGCAAUGGGACAUCGCGUUAAGGGAAAGGAACGACUAUCGCGAAGCCCUAUCUAAAGUACAGCAGCAACACGAGGAAGCGGUAAAGGAAAUCAAUCAUGCGAUGGUGCUACGUAUGAAAGCUAGCAAAGAUAUGAAACGAUUGACAGAAGAAAGAAACGCUGCUUUACAAGAAUACAGUUUGAUUAUGGGUGAACGAGAUACGGUGCAUAAGGAAAUGGAAAAACUUGGAGACGAUCUCACACAAGCGUACACAAAAAUCACACAUAUAGAAAACCAGAAUAAACAACUUAUGGACGAGAAAAAAGCUUUAUCCUAUCAAAUUGAAACUUUACGAAGAGAAAUUUCAUCCGCCUUGCUAGAUCGGGACGAAGCUUUGAAACAGUGUAACGAGCUACGUCAGAAGUUCGGUGAUUAUUCCGAAGGGUCCAACAGAGAUUACAAAAAUCGUAUGGAAUUACAUUCUUAUAAUCGCGAACGGGAUAAUUCGAACAAAGAAGCGGAAAGGGAAAAUAACGCGGUAGAUUACGCGAAACGGGACAAAGAGCGUAUGGAUAACUUGGAUCAAGCGAACUUGGAGUUGGAUAAACUCCGAAAAUCCGUAGAUAAAUUACAAACGGAACUCGAAGAAGCUCUCCAAGAAGCGGAAGUGUCGAAACGAAGAAGAGAUUGGGCUUUCAGUGAACGAGAUAAGAUAGUCUUAGAGAGAGAAAGUAUUCGAACUUUGUGUGAUAGAUUAAGAAAAGAACGGGAUCGUGCGGUAUCGGAUUUAGCGGGUGCUUUACGUGAUUCCGACGACAUUAAAAAGCAACGGAAUGAAGCAUCGAAAGAAUUGAAGGAUCUCAAGGAAAAGAUAGAAUCCGGCGAUCAUGGGUUACGGGCAAGUCAAUUCGUGCAAGGGUUAACGCACGCUCACGAUUCCGCUAUCGAUACCGAUGCGAACGAUUGGGAAAUUCUUACUGUUCACUUCGAUCUAGGCCGGCUCUGUCUGGAUUCGGACCGUGACUUGGGACUAACGUUGGUCGGAGGUCGCGACAAUCCGUAUUAUCCGAACGAUACAGGGAUUUACGUUGCCCAAGUUACAUCGGGUAGCGCCGUCGACGGCAAGUUGAGAGUUAACGAUUGCAUCAUGCGAGUAAAUAACGUUGAUUGUACAUCUGUUUCUACGCGUCUAAUCAUGGAAACGUUGCGUACCUGCUCGGUGGGGCCAGCUACGCUAACGAUAAGACGACGACGCGUAACUAGAAGAUCGUUAAGGACAACGCAAUUACCCGUCGGCUCGGUUCCUCAUGGAAUUUUGUUGGAACUCGGAGUGUAUAUCUCAAAGAUAUCUCCCGGUAGUUUAGCUGCCAAGGAUGGUAACCUUGCCGUUGGAGAUAGAGUUUUAAAUAUAAAUAGCAAAGCAAUGGAAGGUAUCAAUUCGAGUCACGAAGCGAUGGUAAUUUUGAAUGACACGAGUACGGAUGUGUUAACUAUAACGACCUUGAAAGGAAUACCGUUGCCUUCCGCGACUAGUUCCGAAACCAUGACCAUCGAUGGUAGUUUUGGCACGGAGAAACAAAAAAUGGUAAACAGUUGUUCGCAAACGGAGCAAGAAAGAUUGAUGUUGAAAGCUGCUUCGGACGAUUCCGAAAGGCGAUAUCUUGCCUCGAAUUUUGGUGAUAGAAGCGUUUACAAAGAAUCAAAGUCGAUUAGCAGCGAUAAACCGAGCGGUAUUAGCAAUGCUUGGGAUAAUAUACUAGAGAAGAUCGAUAUAGUACGAGGACGUAAGCACAGCAAGGAUCGAGAAGAAAAGAAGAAACGGCACCGUAACUCGAGUCCAAACACUUUCGAGCAAGAACAAGAUGCGAUUGCGGAAUUAGAUUCGGUGAUAGAGAGUUAUCACAAGAAAGCGAAUAACGGAGUACUGAAACGAAGUAAGCGACGCGGAACCGAGAAAAUUGAGAAAAAUGGAGGUACGUGGCCGAAAGCCAAAGGCGGGCCUCUGAUCCAAAACGGUACCGGUACUAUUUUACAUCCGCAUAAAAUGAAAGAGAGGUUGCCUUUAAGCGUGCUCCUUAAUCAACCGCCCAAGUAUAUAGAGAGUCAUAAUAAUCGUAUUUCUAAUCCUAUUCCCUUAACAAAUUUUUCGAAUGUCAACAAUCGGCAUACAGUUUAUAAGUCAAUCGAAAAACCAUUACCAAAUUUCCUUAAGACUGGACAGUUAUUUAGUCAGAAAUCUUUUACUCCAGUGGUGCAGUUCAAAGAUAUCCCGAUAGAUAAGAAACCGACAAGCGAAUUCGAGAACACGGAAAGUAGACUCGGUUCUACGUUAACACCGUCCGAAACUAGUAUCGACUUUUCCGUAAAGUCGGCUAAUACGGGGAAAGAUGUAGAAUAUUUCUCGAAGAAGAGGGCGCAAAAGUAUAUCCCUAGCAACGAGAACCAAGUAGAAACAUUACAGCAUAAUAGAGCGCAAUCUCAACUUUAUUCCGGGGCCGGAUCGUCAACUUCGUCGACCAGCGGCACGAGGCAGCAGUUAACUGGUAAUUUUUCAUUUCCUCCCUAUACGCAUUCGCAUCCGCAUCCCCAUCAACAGAACUCUUUACCUUCGAGAUACCCUUCCCCGCCGUCUUUGCCGUCUGCACAAUCUGGGGAGUCGAUAGGACUUCCCGAUGCACGAUCUUACUGUUUCGAACCUUCGUAUAGCCCCGGCCCGCAAACAGGAUUCGGGCAUUUGCACACACCCUCCGUAGAUUUGCAUUAUCACAAAUCUCGCGCUCCACCGAUCGCAACCGCAUACGACGUACCGGCCUACACGCAUGGCUACGAAGGUGGAACGUUCCCUAGAAAAAAGGAAAAUCAACGUUUUCGAAUACCGUCAAAUCCUAGUGUUACGUCGAAAAGCAGCGUGGGUAAAUUGUCCACCGGCAGUAUAGAAAGGACUUCGGAAAGAGGCAGCCCGAUGCCAACAUUCCACGUGGAAGUGCUUAGCCCGGGUACCGGAGCCGGAACUAGCUCUGGUGGAACUGUCAGAGGAAGCGGCACCGCCAAUAAACGGUCCAGCAUGCCAGAUUAUUGUUACUCCCAACAUAGGCCGGCACCCGGAGAACUUCGCAGAGUUCACAUAGACAAAUCGGUCGAGCCCCUAGGUAUACAGAUUUCUUGCUUGGAGAGCGGUGGUGUAUUCGUUUCGACCGUCAGCGAACACAGUUUAGCCUCUCAAGUUGGUUUGCAAAUCGGCGAUCAGUUGCUCGAAGUUUGCGGCAUCAACAUGAGAAGCGCUACUUAUCAACUUGCCGCCAACGUGUUGCGUCAGUGCGGUAAUUCCAUUACGAUGCUGGUGCAGUAUAGUCCAGACAAAUACAACGAAUUAGAAGGAACCGCUUCCUCGAGUUCGUCGGAUGCUGGUGGCGCCGAGGGUGGUAGUCGUAGCGGAUCGCCAACACCUUGCAAUAGUCCCGAAGCUUCUAGAAAACCAACCAUCGAGCCGUUGGAGAGCUCCGAACCAGAACGCGAUGCUUCGACUAACUUGAGUACAACGCGUGAUACUUCGAAUACCUUGAACAUUAUGCGCGAGACAAAGAAUACCUUGGAACCUCCUCGUACGAUUCGAGAACGAGAUAUAAGAAACUCGGCUUCUUUGGAAAUACGAGGCACGCAAGAGAGAGAACGGGAAAUCAGAGCAUCGGCGUCGUUGGAUAUCAAUAUUAGGAAGCCUGAACUUCGUAGUUCAGCCACUUUGGACGGUAUGCGUAAUUCGGCAACUCUCGAUACCUUGCGUGUUACCGCAAACACUCUGACACGCGCCCAGCUCAAUCAAGCAGCGACCACGUUGCAACGACAAAAUGCUACCGUAAGAAGUCCAACGCAAGAGGAUCAAAGUCGUAAGAGUCCACCGCCGAGCGAGCCGAGGUAUCUGUUCAUCGAGACCAGAAAGUGCUCGAAUCUAGGCAUUUCGCUCGUGGGUGGUAACGGGGUCGGAAUAUUCGUACAUUCGGUGCAACCAGGUUGCCUUGCGGAAGAGGCAGGGCUCCGGACCGGUGAUCGUAUUCUAGAGUACAACGGUGUAGAUCUCCGACAGGCGACCGCGGAACAAGCAGCUUUGGAAUUGGCUAGGCCAGCGGAUAAAGUGACGCUGAUCGCUCAAUACGUACCCGAAAGGUAUAACGAAGUGAAAGAUAAACCAGGAGACAGUUUUUACGUGAAAGCAAUGUUCGAUCGGGUAGGCGAAGUAGGAGACAGCCUACAACUUAGGUUUAACAAGGAUGAUAUUUUAUACGUCGACAAUACCAUGUUCAAUGGUACUCCGGGUCAUUGGAGGGCUUGGAUAGUCGAUCAUACCGGCAGAAGACAAACUUGCGGAAUAAUUCCGAGCAAAUUCAAAGUCGAAGAAGAGUUGCUUUUACGGCGUUCAUUGGGCGAUUUGGAAACAGAUACGACUAGACGAGGUAGUACCAGUGCCAGAAGAAGCUUUUUCCGUCGAAAGAAACAUCAACGCUCUUCUAGCAGGGACAGUAAAGAGUUAUCGCAUCUAACUGGAGUAAAUUUGGGUUGGUAUAGCGACAGUGGAACGUUAAACGAGGAAACUCUGCCAGCCAGCUACCAACGUGUCGAAAGAUUGGAUUAUCCAGCUUUAAGACCGGUGCUAAUUAUUGGACCGUUAAGCGAAUGCGUGGUGACGAAACUCUUACAAGAAUUUCCAGGACAGUUCACUAGGUGUCUCGCAGAAGCUAUGCAUUGUUCUCAAUCGACGCUUGAGCAAGGUUUACGUGACGCGCUUUACGUAGACUACAGAAAAAAAGGAAGCUAUUUCGAGUGUACUACAGUACAAGCUGUGAAGGACAUCUGUGAGAAGAAUACUCAUUGCAUUUUGGAUGUAUCGAUUGCAUCGAUUGAGCGACUCCAUCGGCAUCAGAUCUAUCCUAUAGUGUUGUUGAUUAAAUUCAAGAGUACCAAACAAAUCAAGGAAGUAAAAGAUUCGAGGUAUCCAAGCGAUAAAGUUAGCGCUAAGGUUGCGAAAGAAAUGUACGAACAAGCACUGAAAUUCGAAGCCGAGUAUAGGCAUUAUAUUUCUGCUGUAAUUCCAGCCGGAGUAAAUGUAGCGUACAUAUGUACACAAGUCAAGUCCGCGGUAGACGAAGAGCAAAGCAAAGCGCUGUGGGUUCCUAGAGGACCUCCCUGACAUUUAAGGGGGGGUCCCCACAAACCGCAGUGGAAAUCAAUCUAAAUUCCACCAGGGGGCCCUUACGUCGUACGAUUACACAAACUUGUUACAAAUUUAUUUAUUUAUGGUCUCCUAUUUGCUCAAACGUUAUACAAGAAUUUCAAUUUUUCUAUUUAUGGACUCGUUACAACGGUUGUUUUUCAAUUUAUUUUCACUCGUUUAGGUUGUGAUGUAAUACCGUUAAGGUUGCAAUGUUUUUGUUUGUUUUAUAGAUUCUAGCACGUCACACUUUGGGCGAGGUAAGCUACAUUUUUUUUUAUUUAUGUCGAUUAUAUUGAUUAUCGUUUUCGAAUAAUUUUAUUCAACGAAUACUUUCAUUUUAAUUAUAAUCGUCAUUUUCUACAAUCGAUAUUUCCGAAAACAUGCAUAUUCGUAUCGAAAUUUUCGUAUGUAUUCAAAUAUAUUUCUCGUUCCUCGUAAUACAAUAUUACAAUAUUACAGAGGUUAGACACCGGAUAAUCAAUUUUGUAUCAAUUUCAUAUUACAUUUUGCAUCUUCUUUUCCUGCGAGAAUAAGAUAAUAUUAAUGUAUUAUCUUUUAGUAUUUAUUCAAUUUUCACGAAAGAUCUCCGCAACUCGGAGUAAUUUGAAUGUUUCCCAAAUUUGUUGAUUAAUAAACGAAAGCCUGUGAGAACAAUGAUUACUCGUACUGGAAGAAACGAAAAUAAUUCGCUGCUUUGUCAUUUUGCUUCGGAUCUUGAUCGAUCGUAAUUUUUCGGUACAGAAUGCAUUGUCGUAGAGACGUGAUCUACGGUAAUUGGUGCGAGACCAUAAAUGAAUCGGUGUAGCAAAUGCAAAUAUUUGUCGUAUCGUGGCCCGCUAAAUAAAUAAUUGGUGGACGAAUAGAAAGUUUAUUAGUUAGCGAAUAAGUGAUUUCGACAGCCGUGGCUGGCUGGUGUUAUUAACCCCUCAGAUCAUUUCAUUGUACAGAAUAAUUUUGCGUGAUUAGUAUUACUGUACAGAGGAUGUAAUAUUUUACAUAUAUGAGAAGAAGUUACUUAUUUGUAUAUAAUUUACUUAACAAACUUAUGGAUUAUAUGCAUAUUAAUUUUUAAUUUACACGAGCUGUUUAGAUUUAAGUUGUACUAUUUAGUCAUAUUAUUUCAUAAAACUGUUUAUACAUAAUCCAUUCGUUCGAAGUGAAAUGAAAACUAUUGAUUUGAGGGGUUAAGGUACUUAAUGUUGUUUUAGAUCGAGGAUCUGAUAAACGUAAAGAUGAAGAUGAAGGAAUACGGAAUUGAUCAACGACGGUUCGUUUUAACCGUCGAAUGUGUACAUACAUAUCUAAAAUUAAAAAAUAAUAAAUAAGCAGAAGAUGUCAGCGACACAAACUAACUUGUUAUUAUACGCUCGUAUUACUGCUUUUUUACCUCUAAGAUUCAAAUUGUUUUAUAAAUUUACACUACGAUGGUGUUUUUAAAACGAGCUUAAGACGCUUUGUAAGGUGGAGUCAGUGUAUUUUCGAGGAAAUGUAUUUAAAACGCGAAUACGUACCGUUACGUAUCUACAUUCAAUAUUCAACGGAUCGUUUGCAAUACGUGAUCGUUUUAAUACGCGUUUUCACAUAGAUUCUUACGAUACGUUUUACUUUUACAACCUUCGAAAUUACGUUUUAAUCGUUUUACUCUUUCUUGUGCAAUCUUUCGACCAUCACGAGAUGAUAAAUCUUUAGAUUUUUUUUCUUGUUCCGUAACUGGAUGUAGAUACAUAUUUCGUAAAUUAUUGUCGGACAAAAAGAAGGCACGUUUAAUGUACCAAGGGACAGAUAACGUAAAACUUUAUUUACAAUGCUUCGAUACUUAAAUAUACAAUUUUGUUUUCUUCUUUCUUCCUUUCUCUGUUUUUUAUACAAUGCCUUUCUGACUUUAAACGAGAUUUGCCGUUCUUAUAGAACGGUUGGCUAUCGAAUAUCACGUUUCAAACAGUCGUAUUUCAUUGUUUACAAUUGGGCAAUUGUCGUAGUUUACGUAAAAAUGUGCAAGUGUCACGGACAGAAAGUAUUUGUUUGGAACUGUACACGAAGAAAGUGUGAAGCAAGAGCGAGGAACAAAAUAAUGAUACUUGUUUCUGUGAUGCAUAUACUAAAUUGGAACGAUACGAAGAAGUAACUGUACACCAGAGUUUCUGUAUUUAAAAGUCGACAUUAUAUUUUCACUCCGACGACUCGACGGACACAGAGAGUAACGUGUCAGCAAUUGUCGACUUUUCAUUGUUCAUAUCGAUAUAAUACGUAAUAAUACGGGCUCUGCAUAUAUCUAUUUUCGAAAGCAAGUUAUCGAUUUUAAUAUCAUCCUUAUAUGCCUGCCCUUAUCACUCUCGAUAUUCUAUCACUGUUAAGUUGGUUUGGUUUUCUAACCGUAUCGUUCGAAUAAAUUCCAGAAAUAAGUCUGCCAAAGCCGAAACUGAGCUUCCCCUAUUAUUUAUUAACUGGUUAAUCGUCGAUUAAUCGUCGAUUAAUCGUUUACUUUACGCGACUCAAAUUGUAUAUAUUUCAAAGAUCUUUACAAACUUUUAGUCUUCCUACUAAAGUCGCGCUCAAGUUUUUUUAUUGAGUAAUACCCCAUCAUUUGUCAAUCGAUGCAAGUGAAUCAUACUAAUCUUCUCCGUAUUAUAUCAAUUUCAGUGCAUCUAUCACCAAAGCAGGCGAAACAUGUUUGUUCUUUGCUCUUGCGUGUCUUUGCUUCUUUGUAACACGAAAAUUUAGUUUUCUAACGAGACAAUAUUUAGGCGUAAGUUACAAGCGAGACCAAAAAUUAAAGGGAUACUAUGCUAAUUCAUAAGAAUUUACGAUUAAAUUUCGUCGUAUCUUUAGCGUCGACACGCUUAAAACAAAGUUGUAGAUGUAUACUUUUUGAUAUACAGCGAAAUCAUCGGUACGAAUUUCGCGACAGAACAGGCUCGAAAUGGAAAGAGAGUACGUGAAAGGUGCCGAGUACACUUGGCGAUUGGUUAACAAGGAAUUAUUGUGUUUCGUACCCAGGCUAGAUCUAGAUAGUUGUAAAGGCGAUUGCGGACAAUCUAGAAAUUAAAAAUAGGAAUUUACUAAUGAAUUAAUAUAACGAAAUAUUUUCGGGAAAAGAUAUUUCAUUCUUAUUCUUUUAACAAAUAAGAAA